AUGUCUUCAUUUUUUGCUUCAAAAGCAUUUGUAGUCACAGGAGGGGCGAGCGGAAUUGGCCUUAGUACCGUAUUGGAGUUGGCUAGCUAUGGAGCUACUGUUCACGCCGUUGACUUGGCUACUUCAUGCCCUCCCAUACUCAAACGCGAGAAAGUUUAUUACCAUGGAUCGACGAAUAUAUCUUCUAGGACGGAUGUAUCAAGGGCAUUUCAAAAUGUUUACAAGCAUAGCCCAGAGGUGUACGGACUAGUCACCAGUGCAGGCAUCUGCCCUUCAAGCGGAGUACGGAUCGAGAGCGACGAGACUUUUAAGAACAUAGUGGACGUCAACUUGAUUGGUACUUGGAACUGCGCUACAGAACUCUUAAGAUGCAUAGAGGCGUCUGAUGAUGGCUCAUUGAAGUCAGAUCGAGCAAGUCUUGUAUUGAUCGGCUCAAGCGCAUCACUUAAAGGCUUCCCAACUCUUGGUAGAUAUGCUCCGAGCAAGCAUGCUGUAGCGGGACUGACAAGAGUGUGGUCAGAGGACUUUGCUCCUUUUGGAGUGCGUGUCAAUCUUGUUGCACCAAGUGGAACAGAUACCCCGAUGACUCGAGACGUGCUAGCUCGCGCGAAAGCGGUUGGACCAGAAGAAGGGAAACGUAUACGAGACCAUGCUGAAAACCUUGUGCCUAUGAAAAGGCAGGGACGCCCUGAAGAGAUUGCUGAUGGGAUUUACUAUGUGCCUCAGCCACUUGUUCACAAAUGUCUGUUGUGUGCUAUUAGCUUUCCAAGUUCCAAGUUGAUAAGACAAGGGAGUUCACAAGAAUUUAUUGACUUGAGUAAGCCUUUAGUGGAGUUUUGGUAA